GCAGAGGGAACAAGCAGCACCUGAAAGAGCCCCAGGUGUGGAAGAGUUUGGUGGCUAAGGACCAGCGGGAGCCCCUCUGGCUGUGCAUUGGGUAUAGGGAGAGUAGCUUGAGAUGGGCUAGCGAAUGGGCAGAUGGGCCUGGGGCCGCGAUGAGAGGUUUGGAUUUUGUUCCAGCGUCGUGGGAAGCCACUGGAGGCUAUAACAUGAGAGUGACAUCAUCUGAUUUAUGCUUUUAAAAGAUUACACUGACAGCUGUGUUCCUUCCUCUCACCAUUAAAUCGCCAGGGUCUAGCACUGCUCUUGGCCCAUGAACCGUGGUCCGAGGGAUGCUGCAGCCUCGGGGGCGGGGCCCGCAGGAGAUCGCCGGCGCCCCCCGCGCGGAUUGGGUGCAGUCGUGGCCGGCGCCACGCGAUUGGUCGGCCCAGAGGCAGGGGCGGAGCCCGGGUCCCGCAGCCGGGCGGCGGGGGAAGCGGCCAGAGCCCGGGAAGCUGCUGCGGGGGCGAUGGCCGCACCGAUCCCUGGGCUCCGAGAGGUUCUGGCCCCCUCCCCAGAGGCUGGAGUCAGAGCAGCCACCUCCAGCUCAGUUCGCCGUGGCCUCCUCUGGCGUCUCCGAGACAAGCAGUCACGCUUAGGCCUGUUUGAGAUUGGCCCCGGGCAUGAGCUGCACCAGCUGACGUGUAUGAUGCAGGCAGGGCUGUGGUCUGCCACCCAGGUCUCCAUGGACCACCCACCCAUGGGGGCGCCCACUGAGGAGGAUUUCUCCGAGGUCCUGACCCAGGUUCAUGAGGGCUUCGAGCUGGGCACCCUGGCAGGGCCGGCCUUCGCCUGGCUGCGCCGCUCACUGGGCCUAGCUGAGGAGGACUACCAGGCCGCGCUGGGCCCCGGCGGGCCCUUCUUGCAGUUCCUCAGCACAUCCAAGAGCAAGGCCAGCUUCUUCCUGUCCCACGACCAGCGCUUCUUCCUGAAGACCCAGCGGCGCCGGGAGGUGCGGGCGCUGCUCGCCCACCUGCCCCGCUACACGCAGCACCUGCAGCGGUACCCGCACUCGCUGUUAGCGCGGUUGCUGGGAGUGCACAGUCUGCAGGUGGCCAGGGGAAAGAAGAUAUACUUCAUCAUCAUGCAGAGCGUCUUCUAUCCCACCGGCCGCAUCUCUGAGAGGUAUGACAUCAAGGGCUGCGAGGUGAGCCGGUGGGUGGACCCGACCCCUGAAGGCAGCCACCUUGUGCUGGUGCUGAAGGACCUCAACUUCCAGGACAAGACCAUCGACCUGGGGCCCCAGCGGAGCUGGCUCCUCCGCCAGAUGGAACUGGAUACCACCUUCCUCCGGGAGCUCAACGUGCUGGACUACAGCCUCCUGAUGGCCUUCCAGCGUCUCCAUGAGGACGAGAAGGGCCUAGGCAGCAGCCUCGUCUUCCGCACAGCCAGGUCUGUGCGAGGGGUACAGAGCCCGGAGGAGCCGGGAGCCCAGAACCGCCGAUUGCUGCCCGACGCCCCCAACGCGCUCCACAUUCUAGACGGACCAGAGCAACGUUAUUUCCUGGGCCUCGUGGACCUCGCCACGGUCUACGGGCUCCGCAAGCGUCUGGAACACCUAUGGAAGACACUGCGCUACCCGGGCCGGACCUUCUCCACAGUCAGCCCGGCUCGCUACGCCCGUCGCCUCUGCCAGUGGGUGGAGGCGCACACCGAGUGACAGGCGCCGGGCUGCGCUCUCCCCAUCUGGACCAUGGGCGCCAGCCGGGAACGCUGGGUCCAGCCUGGUCAGGGCGGCGGGUCGGGCUCCCAUCGCCUGCUGUUCCCCCAGUUGGCCUCCAGAGGGCAGAUCCCCUAACUAAAACUAUGACAGCACAGCCUCAUUUCACGGGAGAUGCUGUGCCUGGCAUUGUAUCAAGUAUCCCCUAUAUUAGCUCAUUUAAUCCUAAAAAAUGCUAUUAUUCUCUCUUUACAGACCAUGAAAUGGAGGCUCAGGGGGUGAAGGGACUGAGCAAGAUCAUUCAGCAAUAAAUGCUGGAACCAGGACUCAACUAUGCCUUUUGGACUCAGCCUGUGUUCUUACCCACCAGCUCCCUCUGUCCUGUCCUCACGCUCUGGGGAAGUGGGGAGGCCCAAGGCUCCAGUCCAGUCCCCUUACCAUGCAGAUGGGGGAGCUGAGGCCCAGAGACUUUCAGGGGCUUUUGCACAGGGAACUCCAACCCAGCCUCUGACUCUGGUCUAGUCCCACCAUGCCUAAGUGGACCUUUCCUCUAGAGCUGCUCUGGGGCCUAGCUGUGUGACCAAGGCAAGGUGCUAAAGCUCUCUGUGCUUCAAUGGUCUCAUCUGUAAAAUGGAAAGGACGAAAAUGGAACUCAUUAACUCAUUAAAUAUGUAUUGAGCACCUG